AGCUCCUGUGCGACGAUGGUGUAAGAGCCUUACACACAAGGAGGUCGCCUCCAACCACAGGUAUCUCUUUUAAACGACGAAAAAUCCUCGUUCAUGUGCGCUGCUCUCAUCUGCAAGGUAUUUACCCCUGUCACAAAAUGCCCGGUCUUACUCGUCGAAAUCGAAGAUGUCCUUGUUAGAGCCGGCCUCCUCAAUCCAUUAAUAGUUAAAUAAUUUGACCCUCGUUUCAACUACAAGCGCAAAAGCCCACUCCCAAGGCUGUCUCCCAUCCCCUGGUCCGCCGCUAAUGAAAACUCGCACCGGGCGAAGACUAUAGAGUCUUUCCAUGGGACAGAAUGUUCUUUGACGGCUCAUUGUGGGAAGAAUACUACUACCGCGAGUAUGAGAGGUCGUUAAGAUGUGAAGUUGAAGCCUACAGACGCCUUGGACACCUUCAGGGCUCCACCAUCCCCCGGCUCUAUGGUUUGGGUCGGGUCGUUUCAGGCCACGGUAAAGGUCGCGCCAUAUCCCCCAAGGUGCUUUUCAUGGAAUACAUCCAAGGCGAGAACCUCGCAACUACACAAGACCCCCAUUCAGUCCCUAGUUCAGCAUAUCAGGAGCUCGUGCAGGCCGAAACAUUGUCGUAUCUUGCAGUCACCCUAGAUGAGUGGUGCUCAUCGACUUUGGGGUGUGUCAAUUUCGUUAUACUGAUGAGUCUGACGAGACCUGGGAAGAGAUUGUCGGGGUCGAAGGGGAUGAGAGGGAGCUCCGGCGCUAUUUGAAGAUGUCGGGCAUUUGGCAACAGGAAUAGUGCGCGUAAUGCUCGGGAGAACGCGUAGCCUGGUCCAUUCAUAACCCGGGGAGCCAGUCACGGUCAAUGCUCCACGUCAAGCCCGCCCAAAUUAUGAUCACAUGAUAGGAAAGGAAAGUCUGAACCGUUGAACGUGACCCUCACGAUGUGGCAGCGAUUAGCGCUGGAAGUUAGAGAGGCAAAUAUUCAGUCCGAUGGGGUUUUCUUGGAACGUACUUAAAUUUUAGCUUCACCGGUAGCAACCUUGUUACACAUCGUACUUCAAUUUAUCGAUGCAUUU